AUGAACCCUCCAUCCUCAUCUUCUGCCCCAUAUCUCCGACUAAAUACACCCAGGUUCUCACAUAACAACCUCUCUUUCUCACCAUACCUCGAAAACAGGUUCGCCCUGGCUUCAGGAUCAAAUUUCGGUCUGGUGGGUAAUGGACGAGUCCAUGUCGUCGAUAUAGAUUCGAACCCUCCUGGAGGCUCAGGGCUGAGGUUGGUGAGGUACUUUGAGACUAGAGAUUGUGUAUUUGAUGUAGCGUGGAAUGAACAGCAUGAAAAUCAUAUUGUAGCCGGAUGUGGGAAUGGAGCUAUCAAGAUGUUCGAUGUGACUUUGGAGGGUCUACCCAUCCAAUCAUGGCAUGAACAUACCUCCGAGAUCAUGUCUGUCGAAUGGAACAACCUAAACAAAGAUCAAUUUAUAACUAGCUCAUGGGACUCGACGGUGAAAAUCUGGUCAUCAAAUCGAGCUACUUCCAUCCUUACUCUGCCUUCAACCAAACCUCAACAACUAUACAACGCUACAUUUUCCCCUCAUACUCCCAAUAUAGUGAUGAGCUGUGGUGCAAAUGGUUUUAUAGACAUAUGGGAUUUACGAAUGGGCCCGGGAGUCAAAUCACCUACAUUAUCAAUUUCGAAUUCUUCAUCUGGUUCGGGACAGAUGGAAGAAGUAUUAUACUGCGAUUGGAAUAAAUACGAUCCAUCCCUUAUAGCAUCAGCUUCCAAAGACGGUACGAUCAAGGUUCACGAUCUGCGAUCGGCGGGACGACCGGGCAGUGCGAGAGUGGUGGGGAGGCAUGACUUAGCGGCUAGGAAGGUGUUUUGGGAUCCACAUAGAAGAGAGGGACUGGCUAGUUCGGGGUAUGAUAUGACUUGUAGAGUAUGGAAUAUCAACCAACCCACUCCAUCGCCUAUACAUGUCCAUUCCAAUCAUACCGAGUUUGUCAUGGCUCUAGGGUGGUCUUUGUUCGAUCCUGGUCUGUUGGCUAGUGCAGCAUGGGACGAGGAAGUGCACCUAUAUAGGGUGUAG